GGGGUCCUCCGCGCAGCAGCUGGCAAGCGCCGUUUGGGACCUUGGCGAAUCGACGGCUUCUCCGGAGCCUCCUUUGGACUCAGCUGGAGAUCUGCUGGGCUCGGCUGAUCCCGAAGACCUCCGCGCCAGCGCGGCUGUUUGUGGAGCUCUCGUUGCAGAGCAGGCCGAUGAUGUCUUUGGCCUUCUUCCCAGGAUUCAGGCGUGCAACGAGACCCCCGAGCUCCUGGGCCCCUUUCUGAUGGCCUCUGAGCAGGCUUUGCCAUCUAGCAGCGUCGCGGAAGCGCAGUCAUGGCCAAAAAGAGAAGCGUUCAUGGCCUCCUGUGUCUGUGCUCGAAGUUAG